AUGACAACGAAUAAUAUCGUUAGGAUAACAAUACCUAUUGAAAAUCAGGCUACCAUUGCCAGCUCAGAGCAAAAUUUUGAAAGUGCCGAUUUUUAUGCUCAGAAAGUUUUGGUUCUUAAUCUAAUUACGAGUAUAACUUCUGAUAUUCGUGAGCGUGAUAAACUAAAACGGGAUAAAAAAUCACAUCCCAUGGCACAUAUUAAGCUGUCUAGUAAAUUAGAAUCACAAAUUUGCUUGGCUUAUGAUCAAUUAGAUAUUUUAAAGAAUAUAUUAACUAAAAUUCAAGGAUCAAAGAGAUACCGUAAGAAGUACAGUGAUAGUGAAAUAAAUGGAUUUAAUGAUACAAUAAAAAAUUUGGAGGACCAAGUUUCAACUUGUGAAUCUUCGGUUAGAUACAAAUCUGUGGCAUCCACUAAGAGAAAUAAAGUCGAGUUGGACCUUGUAGGUCCAACAGUAAACAGAGAAUCUCUAACCGCUGAGGAGCAGAGUUACGCCGUAGAAUCCAUUAAGAAAUGGAGGGAGAGAGAUGAAGGAUUUGAUCGACAACUACACGAAAUCGGGGAAGCCGUGGAUAGAAUAGGGGAGGUUGCAUCUCAAAUCGGCGAGAAGGCCAUGGAGCAAGCUAAGAGCGCAAUAGACACUGUUUCAAAGGUUCAAGAUACCACGAAUGAUAUUUCAGCUGUUUCUAUACGGAUAAGGAAAGUGCUAAAGAGACAACGUCUAAUGGAGUGCUACUUUAGAUUAAUCCUAGUGGUUACUCUGUUGACAUUGUUGGCAAUUUUCCUGUUUAUUUUAAUGAAGAUGAUAAAAUCAAAGAAAUAA